GAGAGGCCUCAACCCUCCCCACAGAGUCAAGUCUAUCUCCAUGACAACUUUCUCCCAACAGGAAGUGGAAUUUCUUCAAAACCAUGGUAACGAGGUGGAGAAGCUGGUGAAAUCUUAUUGUGAAAAGUUAAGGUGCAGUUCUUCCUGUCCUGCUAAAACCACAGCACUUUUGCAGACCACCUGUUCAUGUUUUAGAUAAAAGAAAACAGAUUCUUAGCCCAUUGUAUGAUGUACAGUCAUUAUAUUUCAGAGCAGGAAAUUCGUACGUGUCCCCCAUCAUGAGUAAAAUGUUACGUGUUAAAAACGCCAUUUUCAUCAGAGUGGGCCAUGCAUCCUCACAUUAUGAAAACUGUCAAAUCCAUCCAACUUCGGAGGAACGUUGCUAUGGCAACCAGAAACCCGCCUGCUGUCUUCAAUAUUUAGAGGGAGGUUCCUUUUCUUUAAUUUUACAUCAGUUAGUAGCAAAUUGGUUCCUCUAUUUUUAAUAUUUUUUAUUCUGGAAACUGCUGUUUUGUACGCCGUAUAAUAUAGAUUAGCAGCAUCCUGUCAUUCCAGAAGCUUCCGGCGCACAAAUAAUCUGUUCAAACGCUUCGGCCCAUCACACUGAGUGCUCUGCGGCUUUUAAUGAGCUCGUUGAUGGACCCGGUGUCAUGUGCAGUGGGGGCAGAUGUGCGUUCUGCAUGGAGGUUUCCGCCUUUCGCCAUGGCGUCCGGAGCGAUGCCGCCGGUCAUCAUGACUCGCAGGUCGGGAGGAGAACUUGGCUGUGCGUGUUCGACCCCAAAACCAACCGGCUGCCCGACAUGAAGGAUCCUCAGAAGUUCAAAGAGUUUCUACAGGAUAAAUAUGAGAAGAAGAAGUGGCAUUUUUCCAAAAGUAAAAAUCGGAGAGACAUGGAGGGUCCUUGGAGUCCAGGGAUCCAGGCUGUACCCCUGUCCCAUGGUCCCUUAGGAAGCCAGAACGUGUCCCAUAACACGGCCUCCAAUGCCAGAACUUCAAGGCCGCUGUCCCAGUCUCAGUUGCCGUCGUGGGAUCGAGCUCCCGCCAUCUCGCCCGCUGACAUGAGAACGGAUGUCUUCACCGCCCGGCCGUCGCGCUCGCAGAGCUUCAGAGACCCCCCCCUGAAAGACCCCAGCCUGUGUGGAAUAGAGAGGCAGCGACCAGGCUCCCUGUCGUCCACGCUGGGAGGCCACGCCCCCUCGUUCCCGGCCCUUCCUCGUCCCUCAGCCAGUAGCUCGUUCAAAAACCACUUCACGUUAGGUCGUUCGGUGUCUGCUUCAGGGGGCCCGGGGCCCUUUAGAGCCUUCCCCAAGUCCCUCAGCGUGGACUUCGGAGGCCUGACCCACCCCAAGUCCUUGACCCAGUCCCUGUCCCAGCCUCAGCAGCCCGCCUGCCAGACCACCACGCCGGUCAGCAGCUCCAGCGGCCAGGACAAGUACGCCGCUGUGUUGCAGCUGGACACCGCUUUCUCAGAGACCCCCUUAACUGCUGCUCCCCCUGCUGGCCCUCCACAGUAUAGCGCUGUGUUUGGCAGUAGGCUGUCAUCCAGCUCCACUCCUGCCAGCUCCCCCGGUGUCGACGCCGUGUCCAGCUCCCAGUCUUUUUCAAAUUUCCCGAACCCGUUCAGCUCCAGCUCGGCCUCCCAGCCGCCGGUUGCCCUCUCCCCCAGUAACCCCUUCAGCAGCGCUUCAGGAGUGUUUUCUCCGACGGCUGCCUUCCCAGCAGCCACUACCCACAAUGCAUCUCCCCACGACUCAACCUCCAACCAAGAAGCCAACGGCUUCGCCUCCUUCCCCGCACCCAACUCUCAGCCGGAAGUCCCUCGGCACGUGUCCGUGAACCCGUUCACGGGGAAUGUUUACUCCAGUCGGGGGACGUCCAGAAAUCCUUUCAUCUGACCCCACUGCCCCCUUCCUCCUCCUCCUCCUCCUCCUCACAGGGACAAGUGAACUUGAGGAGCUGUUGCCAUUUCAAAUCCUCUGGACUAUUUCCACCCCGUCAGUGAGGAGGGUCCUCUGUGUUUCUGUGUUUACGUGUUUGUGCAGGAGGAGAAAGAAAAGAACAAAAACAGUAUGAAUGUUCAGAAGAAGCUGCGAGUUAGGCUGUGAAACUGUGGUGUUUUUGUUUUGUCCAUAGGGUGUUUGUGUGCAAGUAUUCUCCACCUCAGGGCUCAGUGGGAGUCACAUGUAAACACCUCCGUCGUCCGCCCGCCACACGUUCUAUGACACACCUGUUGUGGCGUGCUGCCCAACAGCAGCCCAACGGUGAAGACGUGCUUUAAAACCAUCGAGUCUCUGGAAAUGUUUAACAUUUGGUUUUAACAGCCUUAAAUGAUGCAUGUUGGUCUCUGUCACUCUUUUUGUUUUAUGUUUUUUUUAUUUUAUUUAAUAUUUUGGGUCAGGUUUCCUCUAAAAGGGGGAGCUUUCCACUCUCAGGCUGCAUGUGCUUAGAGGGCUAAAGAAGAUGCUACUGAAUGUAAAUGCAAAUUUAUUAGAAAAACAAAAAAACAUGCACAAAAAAUGUUUAUGGAUUCAUGCACAAGACCAAAAUGUUUGUUUUCUGUUGACAUAGAGGUGAAGUUUAUUUCUAUUAUUCUCAAAAGAGCAGACGUUCAUUUAUUAACACCUUUGUAACAAUAAGUAUUCAUGUUCAUAAAAUCAGUUUAUUGCUUCUUCUUA